AUGAUUUCAUUGAGAAAACUAUACAGACUGUAAAGAGAAGUUGGGAUGGCUGUGUGUUUGAUGUUGGAUUAGGGAAAUUUGGUAUGGGAUGUAAAUUUAUGUGAUUUGAGAGAAUUGCACUUUGAUUUAAGAGAAUGUGUUAUUGAUUGUAAUUAUAAUUAAUAGGAAUUUGGGUUGUUUUUAAUGGCUAAAGAACAUUGA